CAGAAGCAGUCAUUCCAUUCCAGAGUCCAUUUCAAGCAGCACAAUACUAUUACGGGAAACAAGUAAGGUGGUUACUGAUCACACUCGCAUAACUCCAAGAAAAAAGGCGAGACAGAAAGAACAUGAACGGAGAAACGAACGCCACUUUGAAUGAAAAAGUAGAAAACACAAAUCAUGUGGACACAAGUGAAAAGAAAGUCAAGAAAAAAGAGCCUGAACUACCAAUGGUCAGUCCCAUAAGUAUGUUUCGCUAUGCAGACUCGGUGGAUAUACUGCUAAUGGUCCUGGGCACACUUAUGGCAGUAGCUCAUGGGGCCGCCAUGCCCGCCAUGGUUAUAGUGUUUGGAGACAUGACAGACAGUUUUGUUUCUGAUUCCAUUGCAGGACAAACAAAUUUUACUUGGCCACAAUCGAAUGAAACAUUGGAACAACAAAUGACAAGUUUUGCCUAUUACUACACAGGACUGGGGGCAGCAGUUUUACUUGCUGCCUACAUGCAGAUUUCCUUUUGGACCCUGGCUGCAGGCAGGCAGAUAAAGAAGCUGAGGAAAAAGUUCUUCCAUGCAGUUGUGCGACAAGAAAUAGGAUGGUUUGAUGUGAACGAAAUAGGAGAGUUGAACACACGUCUGACAGAUGACAUUUCCAAGAUAAAUGAAGGAAUUGGUGAUAAAAUUGCCUUGCUUAUCCAGUCAGUGGCUACCUUCUUAGGUGGAUUCAUUGUAGGCUUUGUAGAAGGAUGGAAGCUGACUUUAGUUAUUAUGGCAAUCAGUCCAGUCCUGGGAGUGUCAGCUGCUGUCUUCUCCAAGGUCUUGACUAGUUUUACUAGUAAAGAGCAAGCGGCCUAUGCAAAAGCAGGAGCAGUGGCUGAGGAGGUGCUGUCGUCCAUCAAGACUGUGAUGGCUUUUGGGGGACAAAAAAAAGAGUUAGAAAGGUAUCACGUAAAUUUAGAAGAUGCCAAGAACGUUGGAAUAAAGAAGGCUCUCUCUGCAAACAUCUCAAUCGGCUUUUGCUUCUUUAUCAUCUACGCGUCCUACGCGCUGGCUUUCUGGUAUGGAAGCACACUUAUUCUAGAUGAAGGGUACACCAUUGGAAAAGUACUAACGGUCUUCUUUGCAGUUAUGAUUGGAGCUUUUGCGGUUGGCCAAACAUCUCCAAAUAUCCAAUCAUUUGCCAGUGCAAGAGGAGCAGCUCAUAAAAUAUUUCACAUCAUUGACAGUGAACCGAAAAUUGAUAGUUUUUCAGACAGCGGAUACAAGCUAGAUCAAAUCAAAGGAAAUAUUGAAUUCCAAAAUGUGCAUUUUACAUACCCAUCACGACCAGAUUCUAAGGUAUUAAAAGGUGUGAACCUAAAGGUCAGCAGUGGCCAGACAAUUGCACUGGUUGGUAGCAGUGGCUGUGGGAAAAGCACAACAGUCCAGCUGCUUCAGAGGUUUUAUGAUGCUGAUGAAGGAACAAUUACUAUUGAUGGAAAUGACAUUCGAUCCUUGAAUGUAAAAUGCCUCAGGGAAAACAUCGGAGUGGUGAGCCAGGAGCCUGUUCUUUUUGCCACCUCUAUUUUAGAAAAUAUCCGCUAUGGGAGGGAGGACGUGUCCCUGGGUGAGAUUGAAGCUGCCACGAAGGAAGCAAACGCAUACGAUUUCAUCAUGAAACUACCCAAUAAAUUUGAAACCUUGGUUGGCAACAGAGGCACGCAACUUAGCGGAGGUCAGAAACAAAGAAUCGCCAUUGCUCGAGCUCUGGUCCGCAAUCCCAAGAUUCUCCUGUUGGAUGAAGCAACCUCAGCACUGGAUACUGAGAGCGAGGCAAUUGUGCAGAUGGCACUGGACAAGGUCAGAAAAGGCAGGACCACUAUAGUAGUGGCCCAUCGCCUGUCUACAAUUCACAAUGCAGACAUUAUCGCUAGCUUUGAGAACGGAGUGAUCACAGACCAAGGCACUCAUAGCGAGCUGAUGAGCAGAAUGGGGGUUUACCAGACCCUUGUCACUAUGCAGACAUACACAAAUAAAGAUGAAGGGCUGGAUGCUGCAGAGGAGGCUGUGGAAGAUGAGAAGAGCCCUUCCAUGGUAUCAUUAACUGAAUCGACACUGUUCAGAAGAAGUUCAAGCCGAGAGAGUGGAAAAACGACAGAGAAGGAUCUGGAAAACAAAGAUGAUGAAAAGGUGCCACGGGUGUCUUUUUUCAAUGUCCUCAAACUCAACAAGACUGAGUGGCCCUAUCUAGUUUUAGGAACCUUCUGUGCGUUGGUGAAUGGAGGUCUCCAACCUGCUUUUGCCAUUAUCUUUUCCAAAAUCAUAGGGGUUUUUGCUGAAACAGACAGAGAUGUAUUGCAAUACAAAUCCACAAUGUUCUCCUUAUUCUUUUUAGCAAUUGGUGGGAUUUCAUUUUUCAGCAUAUUCUUUCAGGGGUUUUGCUUUGGAAAAUCAGGGGAAAUUCUUACAAUGAGACUUCGAUUUAGGGCAUUUAAAGCUAUGCUGCGACAGGACCUUGGCUGGUUUGAUGACCCUAAGAACAGCACCGGUGCCUUGACGACGAGACUUGCAACUGAUGCGGCUCAAGUGCAAGGAGCUACCGGUUCUAGGCUGGCUACCUUUGUUCAGAACACUGCCAACCUUGGGACAGCCGUGAUCAUUUCAUUCAUCUAUGGCUGGCAGCUCUCUCUCCUCAUUCUAGCGCUUGUACCAGUGUUGGCUGUUGCAGGAGUCGUACAAAUGAAAAUGCUUUCGGGGCAUGCUGAGAAGGAUAAAAAGGAACUGGAAGUUGCUGGAAAAAUCGCCACAGAAACCAUGGAGAAUAUUCGAACCGUUGUUUCAUUGACCAGAGAAAGAAAGUUUGAGUCUAUCUAUGAGGAAAACCUUGUGGUCCCUUACAGAAAUUCACAGAAAAAGGCUCAUGGCUAUGGCCUGACUUUUGCCUUUUCCCAGGCAGUCGUAUACUUUGCAUAUGCUGGCUGCUUCCGUUUUGGCGCCUACCUGGUGACAAAAAAGAUUAUGAAUUUUGAAGACAUGUUUCUGGUAAUUUCAGCCCUUGUGUUUGGAGCUCUUGCAUUAGGAGAGGCCAAUUCCUUCGGUCCCAACUAUGCCAAGGCCAUAGUAUCUGCUUCCCACUUGUUUAUGCUGUUAAACAGAGUUCCAGCCAUAGACAACGACUCUGAAGAAGGAGACCAGCUGAAACAAGUUGAAGGGAACAUCAAGUUUGAAGAUGUGAUAUUCAACUACCCUUCCCGCCCCGACAUGCAAAUAUUGCAGGGGCUCAGUUUAAAGGUGAAGAGGGGACAGACUCUGGCACUGGUGGGUAGCAGUGGCUGUGGGAAGAGCACCACCAUACAGCUGCUGGAAAGGUUCUAUGAUCCACUGAAAGGCAAAGUGAUGCUGGACAACUGCAAUAUGAAGGAGCUUAAUAUCCAGUGGCUCCGGGCUCAAAUGGGUAUCGUAUCCCAGGAGCCUGUGCUGUUCGACUGCAGCAUCGCAGAGAACAUUGCCUAUGGUGAUAAUAGCAGGAAGGUGACCCAGGAGGAGAUCGUGGCAGCAGCUAAGGCAGCCAACAUUCACUCCUUCAUUGAAGGUCUACCUGACAAAUACAACACCCAAGCUGGUGACAAAGGGACUCAGCUCUCUGGUGGACAGAAGCAGCGUGUGGCAAUCGCCCGGGCGCUUGUCCGAAAUCCUAAAAUCCUGCUCUUGGAUGAAGCUACAUCAGCACUGGACACAGAAAGCGAAAAGGUUGUGCAAGAGGCCCUGGACAAUGCUAGAGAAGGCCGCACAUGUAUUGUUGUAGCACAUCGGCUGUCCACGAUCCAGAAUGCUGACAAGAUCGCAGUGUUUCAGAACGGCCAGGUGGUGGAGCUAGGGACACACCAACAGCUUCUCUCCAAACACGGAGUAUACCAUGCACUUGUUAAUAUCCAGAUGCAACAAAUGAAUAGCCAUGAAAACUAAGACAGAAUGCAGGACCUGCAGGCUUACAGUUUACCAUGUUUAUUAUGCUUUUACCAAAGUGUAUCCUUCAUUGUACCGAUUUCUACUGUUUGGAUUUAAAGGUGGUUUUACGAAUUUUAGUUUCUCCAUAUUGUAAGGAAUACAUUUUAAAACUGGCAAUUUACACAACUAUGACCAAAGAUUUUGCAUUUGUACUUUGAAAAAAUAUCUUAACAAUUGUACAUGUGUGUCACAAGAGUUUUUUUUUUUUUUCUUUCCCUUGUUAAAUAAUUCCACUCUUUGAUCAUUUAGGUUGUGGUUAGAUUCAUGUAUAUUGGAUACACUAAUAAAAACUGGGCUUAAAUAGUGGCCUUUCCAAUUUUUUUUAAGCUGGU